UCACAUACAAACAUUACCGGGUUGUGAGAAUUUGGCCCUCAAGGCGGUUAUAUGGAUCAAAGAGCCCGCAGUACGGACAAAGAUAAAUAUCCGAUUUGCAGGACGACGCGGAGAAUUAACAUUGCUAGCGCUUUACAAAGAGGCGGGGAAGAAUAGCCCAUGUGUGCUGCAAUAUGACAAAACUGACGAUAAAUGGCAAGAAUAUGCGAGAAGGAUAUAUUAUUUUUUGGCGGUUAUGAGUCAUCAUCCAACACCGUUCUCAAAUGGAAUAUACGAAGUAAAACAUGGGGAGAAUUGCCCGCAAUGAACCAGUCAAGACGUCUUCCCAGUGUUGUCGAAUUAGAUGAUAAAAUAUACGCGAUUGGUGGCCGUGGGGAUGAUAAGAUGCUGUUGCAGUCAGUUGAAAUGUAUACGACAUCCAGUGGUUGGGAGUUCGUGAAACCUUUAAUUACAGCACGAUACAGCACCGAUGCAGUGACUUUAAAUGGAAAAAUUUAUGUAUUGGGCGGAUUGAGUAAAAAUAUCUUGAAUGACUUAAAAUCCGUUGAAUGCUACAACCCUGACUCGAAUACAUGGACUUCAUGUGCAGAUAUGAUAAAGGGUCACUAUGGCACUGGUGCAGCUGCACACAAUGGUCACAUAUAUGUUUCAGGCGGUUCUGGGAACUUGUACAGAGCUGUUGAACGUUACGAUCCUCAGCGGGACACAUGGUCUGAGAUUUGCUGUUUGAACACGGACGGGACCUAUUGCUCUCGAAUCGCUUUCGCAUCUCUAGACAAUAAACUAUGGACCAUUGGGGGUUUGGUGGGGAGUGGGAGAAAGGCUAAUGUAUCAGUUUAUGAUGAAGAAAAUGACUGUUGGAUAAAGAAGAGUUUAUUAUCCAAGGGUUCCAUAUAUUUCUGUUUUGUUGUGCCUGCAUCUCUACUGCCAUCGAACUAA